CAAACAACCGUCCGGCCGCUCAGUGCAUCACUAGAUCUCGAGCAGUUCAUAUCGAUAAAACUACAUUAAAUAUUAAACAUCAUGAUGAAGUGCUUAUGCGUUUUGUUCUUCGUGGCGGUAGCCCAGGGCUUCGUGACCAGGGUAGCGAGGGGGGUCGAGGGUGUCCCAGCGCCGACGCUGCUUCGCAUCACUUUGGUGGAUGACCCCAAAAUGGGAUUCGUUGUCGACUGGACGCCCGUGGCGUCAAAUGAUGCUGCAGACCCCAUUCUUGGUUACAAGAUGAAAGUAUGGGAGCAGCCUAAGAUCAAGACGUACAAAUAUGAAACUAUCAACGGUGUCAAAACUUUGGUAGAGGAAUACGCUCCUGGCAAGUUCCCAGCCAACAACGAAGUCCCCACAAACAAGCCUAGGGAAAUCGUCAUCCAAGGAGACAAGACCUCCGCCAGGUUUGAGGGCAUCGAGACCGGCGUCUUAUACGAAGUGAGGGUCCAGGCCUUCACCAAGAACAUACAAGGACCCUUAUCUCAACCCAUGAGAGUCGAGAUUAACAAUGACAACGACAGGAAAAAAGAUGUGUACACCGUAGCUUAAUUUCUUGAUAGGGUGGUUGUCGACGGUGGUGUUUAGUAUUUAAAUUAAAUAAGUAAGUAA